GGUCCUGGCUUGGGUCCUUGGUCAACGUGGGAGACGCGAAAAUGUGAAGUUGUUUUGAACCUGUGUGGAAUUUGUGUAACUAGGACAUGCUCGUCAAUUUACAUUUAAAAAAGGAACGGCUGUGAGAAUUACAGUGUAUUUGCCUUACCAUGAUGCCAGGGGACAGUCAGUCCAAGAUGGUGGCAAUCGCCGCGGAUGCGACGGUUGGAAACUGUCAGAACUGUUCUAUUUUGCAUCAGAGCCUGACCGAAUAUGUGUCGUCAUUUCUGGCACUGAAACAGAAGAUAACGGUUUCAGAUGACACUUUAAGGCUUCAACAACAGCUGGAGGAGCUGCAGAUCAGAUUGGUUACUCUGGAGAAAAAGACCGUAGAUUAUGAAUCUAUGCAAACAGAACUGGAGGAAAAGAAGUGUGCUCUUACGGCGUAUGGACAGAUGUCUGAAGAGAUGGAAAAACUGAAGCAGGAAAGCAGCAAGACAAUAGCAGAGAAUAAGAAGCUUGAACAGCAGCUAAAGGAUGUGAAAGAGCUGACAGAAACACAGGCACUUGAAAAUGCCCAGCUGAAGAGGGAAAAGGCUCAAGUAGAAAAUGAUUUGCUGAAAACACAGACUUUACUGAAGAAAUGUCAGGCACAAGCAGAUCAAGUUGAACAACUAAUAGAAGAGAAUGCCAAGACAAAAAGCAUAAAGGACAACCUUGAAAAUAAAGUUAGACUGCUUGAAGAUUCACUUUGCAAACAGAAUCAUCAAAUAUCCCAUCUGACCAAGGAGAAGAUCCUCCUCCAGAGAAAUAUUGAUGAUCUCCAGGUGAGAUUGUUGCAACUGGAAAGAGAAAGGUGUAAAGAUUUUAGGAGCACAUCAACUCAAGCAAAUUCACCUGUGGAGCCUAAAGUUGACAAAGAAAAAUUCCGGAUGCUGCUAGAGAACCUGUGGGCAUGCGUGGAACCUCAGCAGCAGCAUUCAGCAAACCUGUUGCACUUUCCUAGUGACACAGCAUUAAAGUCCUACUCCAGUUCCAGCCAAGUUCUACCCUCCUCUCCACAACACCAACUGCACUCUCAUCUGAGUGAUACAUCCCAGUCUGCUUCUCACAACAUCAGUGAAUCGUGCAGUUACACCACGCAGACAAAAAACACCUAUACACAGUUAAAACCCUCUCCUCGUGCACAGAAAGCCAUUAAGCACCCAGCAUCUCCUCAGUGCUCAAGUGGCAAGAAGCAAACGGACACUCCCACAAAGAGCAAGCGAUUAUCCAAGGAACACAAAACUGAGUCGUCUUCUCCUGACUUGUGCAGCUCUGAAUUAUCUGUUAAGGAAAUAAUGGAUAUGUUUAAACCGAUGAUUCCCUGCAUAUCCCCACUACCAGACUUGGACAUAGAGGUGGAACCUAUGGAGACAGAUGAGGGAGAAAAGGAAAACCAUCCCAAACCCUCUGAUGAUGCUGUUCCUGUUCAACAAGAGGCACCCUUACUCGUCACACCAUCGCUGUUGAGCCACUGUCCAAGCAUUUCCGCACUACCAGCAGAGGAGAAUGUGGACUUGCCGGCCAUCACAGUACAUGAAGCAGAACAAAUUUCAGAUGAAAAUGACUCCAAAGACUUGGGACAAAAUGAGUUGAGCAGGAUUAAUGAAAUGAAAGAGAAAAGCAGUACAGAUGCUGAAGAAAUGGAUCUUCAAAAUGACCUGCAGACUGAGCAGGAGCCAGCAACGGUGCAUUUAGUAUCAGCAUUGUCAUUGUCGUCUUCCUCCACAUCAGACAGUGGAAGUCAGGAACCAUCUUGCAGCGUAAAUCCCAGUAACACUGUUGCCAGCAACAUCUCUGAAACUGAAAAUGCUGUGGGAAAGGCAAAGGAAGACCAGUCGGAUGCUAUCACGAAGAUGGAUGUAGACAUAAGCCCUAGUGAUGAUAGCAGUGCCAAAACAGUCGCUCCUGAUGGUGGAGAGCCACCUAGAGGAAGUGAUAACACUGUAGUCUUUAAAGAAACAGGAGAUGUGCAGCUGGUUACUUUGUCAACAUUCACUGACUCUGUGAAAGACAGUGAGGUUUCAAAUACAGAAAAUAGUUCAGAAGUUGAAAAAGGUCAUCAGGGUUCUUGUAGUUUGAGACAGGCCAGGCUAGAUGUCAACAUCUCAAGCCCCCAGGCAAGCCUAGACACAGAUGUACCUGAAAGUAACCUUUGUGCAUCCAGCACCAGUGAUAGCCUCACUAAUGUCUCACAUAAAAAUGUUGAAGAGAGGCUUGAAAAUGAUGGAGUCGUAAAACUUCUUGAGGUGGAAAAUAAUAAUGAAGAACAAAGAACUGGGAGAGUUGAUAAACCACCUUCUUCCCUAGAGUCACAUAGUGGUAUGAGGCCUCAGUCAUCUCAACUGUCAAAGACUGAAGAUGUCGAUAAGGAAUCUUGUCAAGCAAAUGUUGAAACUCCUUCAGAAAAGGAAGUUGACAUAGAGACACUGAACAGUAAAUUAAUGGCCGAUUGUGUGCCUUCCCUCUCUGACUCCCAAGAGACAAAGACUGUUAACUGUGAAUCUUUGAAAGAAAAUACACCUUCUCUGUGCAUGCAGUCGAGUCCCAUGCCCACUGUGAAAUUGCAGGCUUUGGACACUCACCCAACCCAAGGAAAAUUGAUUGGUGUGAACACUGAACACAUUUCAACAAACAAAAAACCUCUACAGCCUGUGCCUAAUUUAGAGGAAGAAGGUGCAAUCGAAAAGGCUGUUGUCAAAGACUUGCCUCAGGACAGAAUAGACCCAAAUAGUACUACCUCAUUAAUUCAGAAUGCUGGUGCCACAAAUGGGCAAAAUAAAUGUUUAGGGCCAUAUACAAGAGUGCUUGAAAAACAAAGCCCACAUCUGAUUAGAGAAGAAGCAGCUAGCAGGGCAGCAGCUUCAGCUUCAGCUCAAUCAGCAGAGUACAUAGGCCAAGUUCGCUCUGAAAUGGGUCCUCCACUUCCUCCUGUCCUAACCCCCCUGAGCACACCUCCAAAAGCGGGCAAAUCGAUCAAUCCAAGGCAAGCUAUUGGGAAACUCUCUUUUCCCUCACCCAUGGAUAGACUUGCUUCUCCUACCACCCCUGUCCUGACCCACAGGACACCCAACAGUCAGCACCUUGGCUCUUCGUCCCUAAACAGUCCACUCCCUCCAAACGGAGUCCCCUCAUCACCACUUCAGUUUGGGUCUGCCACUCCAAAACAUGCCGUGCCUGUUCCAGGUCGGCUGCCAUUAACAGCAAUGAAUUCCUCGCCUUCCUCUUCCUCCAGUCCUUCUCAGGAAAACUCCAUGAGGAUUCUUGACACCAUGUAUCCAGAGCUCUCCGCCCGCGCCCGAACUCUGAGCAUUCUUCGAGGGAACGUUAGUCUCAGCAUGUGCUCCCCAGAGAGUGGAACACUAUCCACAACAGCUGACAGUCAGAUGUCUGGCUUUAAAACUAUCAACUCCACCUCAACAGCCUUCACCAAGACUGAGAUGAGGGGAGGAAAAAGACAGGCUGUCAAUGUGCCUCCGCUUAAAAGCAGCAAAUGUCUCAGACUUGAUAGCAGCUCUCCUACUGUCAGUCGCAUGCAGGUGCCUUCCUGCUCAUCAAACAGCGGAGAGGAGACCACGUCGCCCCAGACACUGAGGGUCCAACAGUUCAAAAAUGACAUGACCCCUCAAUCCAUGGAAUGUGGAGAACCUGCAGAGCAGAAUCUUCUAGUUAACGCUUUAAAGAAAAUUGAAAACCAGUGCUUUGAUUUGCUGCCUGUGAUCCAGAGCCACCUGUUUGUUGGUAACCUCCCCAAAAAGCCUGUCUUGAGAGAUGAGGAGAAGGAGGUCAUCUCUGAGAUUUGCCACAGCAGCUUGGCAGAUGAUAUGAUUUUGGCCAUCCUGAACAAAAUGAAAGCUGAGAAAAGCGACCUCAGCAGAAACUACAUGCAGGCCCUCUGUAGAGUCUACACAGGCAUCUGUAGACAGAAGCAGUACUGGGAAAAGGCUCGCAUCCUGGCAUACAGCAUUCUCGCAGAAGAUUUCCCAGAUUCUGCCAAGCUGAUCUUGUUUAUGGUGACGACAUGGCCCAGUGUUCUCUCACACAGUAGUUCUCUGUGCCAGGCCAUACACACAGUCACCAAACUGAGAACACAAGAAGAGCUUCUUGACUGUCUUUCACCAUUCCUUGGUUGGGAAAAGAGUCCUCCCUGCGACAUUGACCAGCUGAUCUCCGGUACGCUGUCUGAAAUCCGGUCAGGGUCAAAUCUGCCUUUCACAAAGCACAGUCGGUACGGGGAUGACCUGGGGGCUGAGGCUUGGGAACAUGUCUUUGCACUUCACCUCCUUUGUACACACAAGAAGUGGAAGUGGACCUAUGAAAAUGUAUUGGGCAAGGAGUUGUGGCCAUUAAUGAACACAUGGGUGACACAGCCCAGAGAUCAACAAGCACCCGUCUCUGAUGGAACUGUCGCCACUGUGCUCCGACUCAUAGGACGCCUCGGUCAACUGGGAAUCAAAGAGAAGUGUGUUUCCUCUGUGUUAACUGUUGCCAGUGUCAUCAACACAUUUGGUAGUCACGGACAGAGUGAAGGUGUACCAUGGGAAGUCCAGUUAGCAGCUGUCUACUGCAUCUGUGACCUGUCUCCCUGCAACCCCAAACAAGCCCUGGACACUCUUGCAGAGUGGAGAGGAGAAACGUCUCAGAAUGUCCCUCCUGCUGUCACUAGCUACAUGAACCAGUUAGCCUCAAUCUGCAGACAGCUCACAAGCUGAGGGAGACACACAUGCAUGUCUGUGCCUAUGUUAAGACAGGGAGAAAGAUCCCAGUAUGCACCACAAUAUUAAUUUUAACCUGAAUAUCUCAAGAUAGAGCACAAAUGGGUUUUGUGCUCCUCCUAAUACAGGGUGUCUGAAGGUUCACAGUAACUCUUGAAUUAAAAGUUUCAUGCUUCUUAGACAUUUGCUUUUUUGUUUUUUAUGUGCACUUCUACUCUAAAAUGAAAAUGUUAGGUAAAUCUAUCUGUUCUCAGAUUUUGUAGCAAAUGCUCCCUCAAUUUUUCAUGUACAAGACACGUAAAAUAUGGUUUCCUGAAUUUUUUUAGCUGCCCCCAGUCUGUUACGAACGUGCUGGAAUAACUUCCUGCCUGUCCACUAUACUCAGGUAAUGCUGUAAAAUAUUGUAAAACAUGUACAUGUGUAUUCUGAUUUAACUGGUUGCUGUUGAAAAUGUUUCCUUAUUCAAGUGUUUGUAAAUAUAAGGUGUUAAAAGUUUGUAUUAAUGAAAAACACGGUUGCAACAAUAAAUGUUCUGUACAGUUUCAGAGGUUAUUUAUUUUUUCUAAAAUUAAAAUUUCUACAUGUUGAACAAAA